AUGAGCGACAUACCGGUUCCAGGAUCCAAGCGAAGACGCUUGAGGGGCUCCUGUAACUUCUGCAAGCAACGAAAAAGUGGGUCUCCCGUUCUCUUGAUCGACUUCCCACUGACAAAGCGCCAAAGCGAUAGCUCCCAGAUGCCCGGAAAUCGAUGCUCCAACUGCAUAUCUUUCAAUUUAGAGUGUACACACGACUCGUCAAAGGCAGGACCCUCCAAGAAAGAAAGUCCUGCAGACAGUCCCACAAGCCAGCCCCCCUCCUCCGAAGCGUCCACCCCGAGUUCUAGCAAGACUGCCCAAGAACACGUCGCAGCAAUUGUGGUCCAAGCAACAAGUUACAUUAAAGACGAUGAUGUUCGCCGCGUCCUUCUCGACGUUGCGCGCUAUGCCAGGGGUUUGGAAAACCAGCUUUCAGACCGUAGAAGCAGUUCUCCUUCAUCCCAAAGUCACAGAAGUAGUCCACCAAGCCAUGCUAGCUCUCCACCACAGCUUCACAUCAAGGAGGAAACGGACGAGCUCUAUGUAGAUGGACUCCUUUCAGAGCGUUUCGACCGCUUCCGACUCGACUCCGACGCUACUCGCUAUUAUGGGAAGUCGAGCCAUUUCGAGCUUAUUAACACCGCCAUCGACAUUCGGGAGAAUCUGGUGGAGCCGGCGACCACGGCUGCCCCGAAGAAGCGUGAAGAGUUUUGGCUCAGUCCUUGGGAGCACGAACAUUUGCUUCAAGAAGACCCUCCCAAGACCCAUCAUUUCCCGGAACCCGACUUGCUCGAAAGUCUCGUCAGAAUCUUCUUCACCCGCGUCAAUGUCAUCAUCACCCUCCUCCAUAGACCGACCUUCGAGCGCCUUCUCGCUGCCGGUCUUCAUUUCACUGAUCACCACUUUGGCGAGACCGUUCUCGGCGUCUGCGCUGUCGCCUCCAAAUUCUCUGAUGAUCCUCGAGUCAUUCUUCCCGGAACGAAUACACGACUGAGUUCUGGAUGGCAAUACUACAAGCAGAUUAAGCCCUAUCAAAAGUCCUCCCUCCAUUCCAUCUCUUUACACCAAGCGCAAACGCUUUGCUUAUGCGUUAUUUACAUCCAAGGCGGUUCGACACCGGAUAUGUGCUGGGGUCUCGGUGGCGCCGGCAUAAGGUAUGCCCAAGAGGUUGGGGUUCAUCGCAAAGGCCGAUACGAGAACGACCCCGUAUUGGCUGAACAAUGGAAACGAGUGUUUUGGAUGCUGCUUUGCAUUGAUACUCUUGUCAGCUCGUUUGUUGGACGUCCGCGGGCGACUCGGUCUUACGACUAUGACCUGGACUAUCCUGCUGAUUGUGACGACGAAUAUUGGGAAACCGACGACCCUGAAUUAGCGUUCAAGCAACCAGCAGGGCGGCCAUCAAGUUCAUCCUACAUGGUCGCGUAUCUGAAGUUGAUGGAAAUUCUGGGUAUGGCGCAAGAAACUAUCUAUCUGGUCAACCUGAAGGACAAAAGCAAAGAAUGGGUGCAAGAUGCUGUUGCCAGCGUUGACUCGGCUCUGAACGAUUGGGCUGACAAGAUCCCCGACCACCUUCGGUGGGACCCGAAUAACGAAGACCCAGUGUUUGCUACCCAAAGCGCUGUUCUCUACGCUGCCUACUAUCAUGUCCAGAUCCAAGUCCACCGUAUCUUCAUUAUAGCCCCAGGAGCAAAUUGCGCCGAUCCUGAAUGGCGCGAGUCGCAAAUCACCAACUCUUUGGCAUACAACUAUCCUUCCCUGGCGAUCUGCGCCAGCUCAGCUCGAGCGUGUAGUCACGUCAUGGACGUCGCUUCCCGCAGGGGUUUACUGUGUAACCCGCAUGUAUUGAAUGCUGUUUUCGAUGCCGGCAUCAUCCUCCUUCUCAACGUCUGGGGUGGGAGGAAAGUUGGCCUAAACGUGGACCCGAAGAAGUGCCUGCAGGACAUCGACAUCUGCUUACGGGUUUUCAGGGUUUAUGAGACAAGAUGGCAGGUAGCUGGCCGACAACAUGACAUCAUCAACGAGCUCAUGAGUGCCGCCAAUAUGGAUGUCUAUGCCUACGCCCCCAAUCCUCUCAAGCGCAUCCGCGAUGUGGACGUGGACGGUGAACGACAACACGAAGUCAGCAACUCCAACUCGCCAGCUAGCAGCGCUGCAGACAGCAUCACCACCCCCAACGAAGUCCACAUGACCCUUCCGGGACACCCGAUACACUACAACACCGAAUACUCGUCUGAUCAAGAGGCACCCCAAUUCGGCGACUUCUCGUUACCCGUGUCCAGCCACGAUCUUGGUCGUAUGCCGCUGUACGAGCCGUUCCAAGUGGAUUGGGAUGUCACGGUGACGGAGAACCUGUGGGGGAAGCAACAACAGACGAAUGCGUAUGACAUGGGCGUGCAGCAGCAGCAGCAACAACAACAAAUGUGGUCUCCACCGACAUAUAUGGAGCAGCCUCAACACCACAUGCAGCACAUGCCCCAACACCAACACCAACACCAUCGCGACAGUAGCCUGCUUAGUAAUCCGGGCCUUCCGGCGGAGGGACUAGAACUAUUGCACGGCGCUCCGACUGCCGGCUACGAUUGGGACCAGUGGGGGAAAUACAUCUCCAGCAUCGAGGAGUUCAUGACCACGCUAGACGGACCCCCGAACCCUCCGUUGCCCAAUCACUAUUCCCACCCUAGCUAUUCGAAUGCUAAUUACGCUGUCGCUGGUUGA